CAGUAUAUUUAUUUAUUAAAUCCGAACUAUACUUGAAUGCAGGGAAGAGUUGUCUAAAUGUACAUACCUUCGGUAGUCAGACCAGCAAUUCGAUUCAUGGUCCUCGUGAGGUUUACCACUAAAAACCCUAAUUUAUGAUAAUUUUGGUUUGGCGCGACUUCGAGCUUUGAAUUGGUUGAUCAAUGGCGAUUCUUCCUAUCCUCCAAUUCGAAGAACAAAUUUUAGAAACAGUGGAACGAAACCCAGUCGCAGUAAUCAUCGGCGAGACUGGGUCAGGAAAGAGCACUCAACUCUCUCAGAUGCUUCACAAACGUGGUUACACCAAAUCUGGAAUGAUCGCCGUCACUCAACCUCGACGAGUCGCUGCUGUCUCUGUCUCUAGACGGGUUGCGCAGGAGCUUGGUGUUCGGCUGGGGGAGGAAGUGGGUUAUGCAAUUCGAUUUGAAGAUAGAACUUCAGAGAGAACUCGCAUUAAAUACCUUACUGAUGGAGUUCUCCUUCGUGAAAGUCUUUCUAAUCCGGAGCUCAAUCAAUAUUCUGUGAUCAUUUUGGAUGAAGCUCACGAGAGGAGUCUAAACACGGAUAUAUUGCUGGGACUGAUGAAACGGCUAAUUAAAAUGCGUGCAUCCAAUUUGAAGGUUUUGAUCACUUCAGCUACUCUCGAUGGUGAAAAAGUGUCCAGAUUCUUCUCUGACUGCCCCAUACUAAAUGUCCCAGGGAAAUUAUUUCCUGUGGAAAUUUUACACAGCGCAGAGAGCCCGAAGAGUUAUCUUGAGUCUUCUUUGAAAACAGCUAUUGAUAUUCAUGUUCAGGAACCAGAAGGUGAUAUCUUAAUUUUCAUGACUGGACAGGAUGAUAUAGAGAAGUUGGUAUCUAAGCUGGAGGAGAGAGUUCAACGCCUGGAGGAAGGAUCCUGUAUGGAUGCUAUAAUCCUUCCUCUUCAUGGAUCUUUGCCACCUGAAUUGCAGGUGCGGGUAUUUGCUCCUCCUCCUCCAAAUUGUAGGCGAUUUAUUGUGGCCACAAACAUUGCUGAAACGUCUUUAACUGUUGAUGGUGUUGUGUAUGUUAUUGAUUCUGGUUAUGUGAAGCAACGGCAAUACAACCCAUCAACUGGCAUGUAUUCCCUUGAUGUUGUUCAAAUUAGCAAGGUGCAAGCUAAUCAGCGUGCAGGGCGAGCUGGAAGAACACGUCCUGGGAAGUGCUAUCGUUUAUACCCAUCCAUGGUUUACAAUGACAACUUCCUGGAUGCAACAGUCCCUGAAAUCCAGCGGUCUUCUCUUGCUGGCAGUGUUCUUUAUUUGAAAUCAUUGGAUCUCCCUGACAUCGAUAUCCUCAAAUUCAAUUUUCUUGAUCCCCCUUCUUCUGAGACUUUGGAAGAUGCUCUUAAGCAACUAUAUCUCAUUGAUGCUAUUGAUGAAAAUGGAUCGAUUACAAGUGUGGGACGAACAAUGGCUGAGCUUCCACUGGAGCCUUCACUCUCCAGAACCUUAAUGGAGGCAAAUGAAAAUGGUUGUUUAUCCCAGGCUUUGACGGUUGCUGCUAUGUUAUCUGCGGAAACAACAUUACUUCCUGGUCGAAGCAAGAGCACUGAAAAGAAGAGGAAGCAUGCUCCAGACCUUCCUGAUGGUUCUGGCUGGGGCGAUCACAUCCAACUAUUACAGAUCUUUGAGCAUUGGGAUCAGACUGACUAUGAUGUAGAUUGGUGCAAAGAUAACAGCUUGCAGGUGCGAGGGAUGCUAUUUGUCAAAGAUGUUCGGAAACAGUUAUCUCAAAUAAUGCAGAAGAUAGCAAAAGGACCCUUGGAUGUACGGACAAAGGAAAGAUGGAAAGAAAGCCGACAGGAUUAUAUGAAUUUGAGGAAGGCUUUGUGCGUUGGCUAUGCAAAUCAGCUCGCUGAGCGAAUGAUUCGCCACAAUGGCUAUAGAACUAUUGGUUUUAAGUCCCAACUUGUGCAGGUGCAUCCAUCCUCUGUACUGAGAACUGAUGAAGAGGGAAUGCUUCCAAAUUAUGUUGUGUACCAUGAGCUUAUUGUUACCUCACGUCCAUACAUGCGAUAUGUGUGUGCAGUAGAGAUGCCAUGGGUCAGACCCAUCUUACAGAAACUUGAGAAACUGAAUAUUAACAAACUCAGUGGUGGAUCUAGUCAGUCUGAAGAGAGUUUUGACGGAGAAAGCUCCAACUUGCCAAAAAGAGUGGUUGAUGUUGUUGGGCCUACUGCUGACCCUGGCAGCAUGAUCCAAGCAGCUCGGGAACGUUUUCUUGCCCGGAAAGCAAAUAGAUAGUGUUACUAAUUGGAAUGUGGAAUUGGUACAAUGAUAGUCUCCACUGGAUGGGAAUUAACUUUACUGUAGCUGAUGAGAGCAAGGAUUGCUGAUACUUCUUGAAGUCUCAACUAUUCUGUUAAUGUCAUCUCAAUCUUUUUCUUAUUUGGGAGACGAUAUUAAUGUGAGGCAACCCUCGGAACACGUCAUGAAGGCAAGUUUACUUCUGAUUUUGCCGAAUUUUGUCUCCAACAAGACGUUAAUUCACUGCCUGCAACUAUUAUGCUAGUAGCGGUAUGACAUAUACUCUGUAAAUUCUUAUAUUUAGUUACAGUAGUCAGUUGUACUCAAAUAUAGGGGAGAAACAAAAAUCAGUUGCAUUUCUUCACAUGAUUUGGAGGAAUAAUACAUCACACUUAAAACAUUAAACUUUGUACCAUUUUGCAAUUCUUUUUCUUUUAUUUUUAGAGAUGGGUCUAUUCAUGACCCAAGUGUUUCAUUGCUAACUCUUGAUAUGUUGUUGUAAGAGAAAGUUUGAAUUAGUCAUUCUUCAAUGUAUUGAAUUUUUGCUA